AUGGCAGCGCUUAGAGUUGGCUGCAUUGCCCCAGAAGACGGAUCCGCCCUUAUUAGUGCGGGAACGAGAGCAGCAACUCUAACCCCCAGCUGCGAAAAAGAACCUUCCACUAAUUUCACUAGUUUAUACCCGCGUUACGCUAUAGGAAGCACUAGCGCCAUACUGAACUGGAACACGCCCCAGUCUAGGCUUUCAAUGUCAUUAAAAUGUCAGGUCGACCCCCGCUGCAGGGAGACAAAUCUCAAAAACAGUUUACUCCAGCCGCGCAGUCAACAGCAAUGCCAUCCCCGCAGUCCAGGGCAUCACUCAACCCCAGGAAGAAGAAGAAACACAGUCGAUCCCGGUCAGGAUGGUGAUGGCCAUCGUCCCACUUGCCAAGAAUGCCAGGCACGCGGGGGUGAGUGCGUCUGGGGAUUGAAGGUUUCUUUUCAUGCUUCCAGGUCGCUGCAGCUAUCCUUGGAGCACGCUGUUGCCUUGUUUGACCUCGGUAAGCAGAGACAAGAAGCUCGAUCCGAUGGGUCUGGGUCUAGCCAGGAACCACUCGUUAUCAUUGACGAUACUGAGGAGGUCAUUCGCUCCUUUUGCAAAGAGGAUGGUACAUCGUCUGUUGCUGAUGAGUCAGACGGCGAUACUCCCCAACAUUUUUUCCAGGAACACGAUGAGGCUACGGCUACUGUCAAUGAAAAUGACACAAGUCCUCAAGAGACCUUCUUUGGGACUGAAGGUGAGGAGCCACGGAACGAGAUUGUCACUCUUGGUAGUCUGAAUAGCGAUGCCGCUGGCCAGGACAGAGCGUUUCACCACCUCCAUCUCAUACCCCCCGGACCCAUAUUAUCACCUCCAGACCUUGCCACCACCCCAUUAAUUCCUGCCCAUUGGAUGGUUGAUCUUCCCUUCGCCCCCUUCUCCCUAGGACAGGCCAUUUCUCGGGGCGUGACUCCCCAGCCAGAGCCAAGGUUCCCCGUCUCGCAAAGCAUCAAAGUUCAUCUCAUGUCUGCUUACAUUAGAGAAACAGCGACGUGGUGUGAAACCACAGACUCGGAGAUGCAUUUCUCCGCCAAGAGCAUCCACCAGAUGAUGGACUCGAAGCCCUUUGUUGCAGCAGCCAUGUCACUCGCCUCCCGCCAAUUGGAUGUCAUUCAAGGUCGUACCCGGCAGAUCACGCUUGAGCUUUAUCAGUAUGCUAUUCGUCUCCUGCUGGGACAUGAUCCUGCAGAGGCGGACUCGUGCAUCCUGGCGACGUGCACAAUUCUUUGUGUCUAUGAAAUGAUGGCUUCAAGCGUUUCUGAGUGGAGACGUCACCUCAAGGGUUGCGCUGGAUUACUAAGAAUGUGCAAAUGGAACGGUAACAGUAAGGGCAUAGUAAAAACCUGCUUCUGGGCUUUUGCACGCAUAGAUGUAUGGGCCGCGUUUCUGAUGAACCAGACCACGUUGAUCCCGACAGACUCAUGGGUAGAUCAGGACUCCCUGUUCUUUGUGUCCGAGAAAGGAGACCCCGAUGACUACUGCAACUUGGCAAUCUUGAUAUUUGCCAAGAUCAUCAAUGUUCUCAAUGGUGAGGAUAGCGCUGGAGUUGCCUCUACAAAUGGGCAUAGAGCCAGAGUCCAGGCGUUAUGGGAGGAGCUUCAGCGAUGGAGAUGUUGGCGCCCUCAGAGUGUAAAGCCAUUAUUGAGAGUAGGCAAAUCAGACAAGGGCCCCUUUCCGACCAUCGUGUUUGCUCUAUGCGCAUCGGUAUGCGGAAAUACGUUUUACCACGCCGGGUCGAUCCUCUUACUUCAGAGCGAGCUAGUUACGCCUAGCCCUACCUUGGACAUGGCAGACGUGCUGAGUCCUGUUUGGCAUGCUAAGGAGCUCGGUGGUAUUUCUACCAGCAAUCCUUCUCAUGCAAACUGGGUCAAUCACCUUCAGCCGUUGUACAUCGCCGGAAGGGCAUUUGCUGGGUCACCCAAGCAGCCGCUCGAAAACCAGCCAGGUCGUGGAAGUUAUAGGUCGAGACAUCUGCGGCAGACCGACCAUGGAUCGACGCAGAGUGAGAGGUUUGAAGCUAGCACCUCUGAUACGGCUGAGGGCUGGAAUGAUCCAGCAGAACCUGAAGAUUUCGCCGCCGAAAAGAUUGCUCUUUUGAAACAUUUGGCCAAGAUUGAACGCGAAACAGGCUGGAAAACCACGGAACGGGCAAAAGAUUUAAGAAUUCUCUGGGACUUGGAGAACUGA